AUUCGAGGCUGGAGUGGGGAGAAAGCAGCCUGGAGGAAGCUGGUGGGGUGCGGGGGACUGAGGGAUUGGGCUCCCCGCCCUCUCGCCUAGGUGGCGGAGAAAUCGCGCUAGUUGGAAGGACGCAGCUGCUCUCCGAGAGCUCAUUCCGGAGUCAGAGAGCUGGGCGCGCGGAGCCUCCCUCCCGCCCCGAGUCCCGCUGCCCCCACCUGGGGGAGAGGGGCGGGCGCCGCGCUGCCUUCCCUCCGCGCCUGGGCCGCGUGGCUUGCGGCUUAUUUUCCCAGCUGGCAAGCGUCGUGCUGCAGACAAGGGAAUGCCUGUGGUCCUGCGUGUUCCGAAGUCCGGGGGCCUCCUGAUCCCUCUGAGCCCCCUCCAGGAGCGGAAGGGUUAAGAAUGAUGAGGAAGAAGAGGAAGCGAGGCGCGCCCCUCGGCCCAUGCAGCAGACACGGGCCCAGACCCGCCACGGCGCCCGCGCCGUCGCCCUCGCCGGAGCCCACGAGACCUGCAUGGACGGGCAUGGGCUUGAGAGCAGCACCUUCCUGCGCCGCCGCCGCCGAGGUUGAGCAGCGCCGCCGCCCCGGGCUCUGCCCGCCGCCGCUGGAGCUGCUGUUGCUGCUACUACUCAGCCUCGGGCUGCUCCACGCAGGUGACUGCCAACAGCCAACCCAAUGUCGAAUUCAGAAAUGUACCACAGACUUUGUGUCCCUAACUUCUCACCUGAACUCUGCCACUGACAGCUUUGACUUGGAGUUUUGCAAGGCCCUGCGUGCCUAUGCUGGCUGCACCCAGCGAACUUCAAAAGCUUGCCGUGGCAACCUGGUAUACCAUUCUGCCGUGUUGGGUAUCAGUGACCUCAUGAGCCAGAGGAAUUGUUCCAAGGAUGGACCUACAUCCUCUACCAACCCCGAAGUGACCCAUGAUCCUUGCAACUAUCAUAGCCAUGCUGGAGUCAGGGAACACAGGAUGGGGGACCAGAACCCUCCCAAUUACCUUUUUUGUGGCUUAUUUGGAGAUCCUCACCUCAGAACUUUCAAGGAUCACUUCCAGACAUGCAAAGUGGAAGGGGCCUGGCCACUCAUAGAUAAUAAUUAUCUUUCAGUUCAAGUGACAAAUGUGCCUGUGGUCCCUGGAUCCAGUGCUACUGCUACGAAUAAGAUCACCAUUAUCUUCAAAGCCCACCAUGAGUGUACAGAUCAGAAAGUCUACCAAGCUGUGACAGAUGACCUGCCGGCCGCCUUUGUGGAUGGCACCACCAGUGGUGGGGACGGCGAUGCCAAGAGUCUGCGGAUCGUGGAGAGGGAGAGCGGCCACUAUGUGGAGAUGCACGCCCGCUAUAUAGGGACCACAGUGUUUGUGCGGCAGGUGGGUCGCUACCUGACCCUUGCCAUCCGUAUGCCUGAGGACCUGGCCAUGUCCUACGAGGAGAGCCAGGACCUGCAGCUAUGCAUGAACGGCUGCCCCGUGAGUGAACGCAUCGAUGAUGGGCAGGGCCAGGUGUCUGCCAUCCUGGGACACAGCCUGCCUCGCACCUCCUUGGUGCAGGCCUGGCCUGGCUACACGCUGGAGACGGCCAACACUCGAUGCCAUGAGAAGAUGCCAGUGAAGGACAUCUAUUUCCAGUCCUGUGUCUUCGACCUGCUCACAACUGGUGAUGCCAACUUUACUGCUGCGGCCCACAGUGCCUUGGAGGACGUGGAGGCGCUACACCCCAGGAAGGAACGCUGGCACAUUUUCCCCAGCAGUGGCAAUGGGACUCCCCGUGGAGGCAGCGAUUUGUCCGUCAGUCUGGGACUCACGUGCUUGAUCCUUAUCGUGUUUUUGUAGGGGUUGUCUUUUGUUUUGGGUUUUUUUUUAUUUUUUGUCUAUAACAAAAUUUUAAAAUAUAUAUUGUCAUAAUAUAUUGAGUAAAAGAGUAUAUAUGUAUAUACCAUGUAUAUGACAGGACAUUUGUCCUGGGACACCCACCAGAUUGUACAUACUGUGUUUGGCUGUUUUCACAUAUGUUGGAUGUAGUGUUCUUUGAUUGUAUCAAUUUCGUUUUGCAGUUUUGUGAAAUGUUUUAUAAUGUCCCUGCCUAGGGGCCUGUUAGAAAGCACUUUAUUUUUUAUAUAUUAAAUAUUUAUGUGUGCACUUGGUU